AUGUCCGAACCAACAAACACAAAGACGCCUACUCCCUCAAACCCCUCCUCUCUGAAGCCCCGCUACGAAAUCCGUAAAUUAGAAUCCAAACAUAUCCCCUGGGCCACCGCAAUUCUAGCCCACAGCCAUGGCUUUCACUCAUCAGUCUGGCAAUACAUCUGGCCAGACCGGGCGCUCGGCCGCUGGACUUUAACGGGCGCUAAACAAAUGGAGUACCUCGUAGAGCACCAAAUUAACUCUGGGCUCUCAUACGGCGUCUUCGACACAGAAUACAAGUUCAAAACUAAAGAGGCGGAAGACGUUGGUGGCAAAUUGUUCUGGGAUGUAAAUGAACCAGAAGAAAACAGUGUCGAACAAAGUCAAGGAAGAAAAGCUGAAGGCAUGAGAUUACUUCGACAGAUGGAUUUUCCGUUGGUCAGUAUAGCAUUGUCUUACGAUGGCUUUAAUGGACUUGAUCCUGCGAGGAUGGGACCGUUGCUCGAGUCGCUACCGGAAUUCAGUCUACUGUAUGGUACCCUGGAGAAGCGCGACCCGAGGGAUCCUUCAGAGUGGAAAGCCACUGCGCCUGGACAGCUGGUUGGCCGCGGUGGUCAAGCCCUCAUAGCGUUCAUAUCAUGGCGCAUCUUUGCCAGAUACGUCACGACUUCGAUGGAAGUCACGCCUGUCACGUUUGGAACGUAUCGAACGAUAUUUCUACCAAACGGGGGUCUCUUCAUUGCUAUCCCUCGUAUGAUUCGAGAUUUUGUUACAUGCCAUGGACUACACUCGAAGAUAGCCAUGGUCUUCAUGGUGUAUACCAUGGCUUUCACCUUUGUGUACCCAACCCUUGCCAGCGCAAUGACCGGUUAUAGCGCGAAUGUUGAAGCAUUCAUAAGGACAAUUCCAGGAGAUUAUGUCCCUCUCACAUCCUUUGGUUACGUUUUCUUCAUCAUCCAUGACGGGUCGCGGAUCGAUCAAGGAGAAGACUAUCUUGUUACGGGACUUCGCAACAUACCAGGCAAGUAUCAGCCAGAUUCUUCAUCAUAUGGUAUGAUCAAUUCGGACUUCGGACGCUGCUUCAGUUGGUACGGCCAAGAAUAUCAUUCAGAUUGCGAAAUGCAACUCAAUGUGUCCGAUUAUGCGCUAGAAUACGGUCUCAACGGACAAAAUACGUCAAACUCGACUUUUGGGGGAAGAUUUUUGCAGCCCCCUAUCCUAAACAUCUCAGCUCCCUUUCUAGAGAGAGACCCGAGCCGAUCAGAGCGGUUCAUCGGACAAAGUCGUCCUGACUUUCACCCGAUCGACGAUAAAUCUAAAGUGCUAUGGGGAUACGACGAUCGAACUUACCACCUAGAUUAUAUGGCGAAACACGGACAAUGCCAGGCUGUAUCGGACUAUAAAUGGGGCUUCUCCUAUGUGCAACUGUUCAUUAUGAUCAUCCUCCAUUUAAUCUGGACUUCUGGGCUCUACAUCAUGUGGCUCAGAGCCUACAUGAUCAUGAAGAGGCGAGGGCGUGGGAAAGAAGACGUGGCAGGAGAGCAUAAAGCUGUGUUUGAGCUUGCAGCCGCCAUGCGAGAACAGAUGAACGAACCUACAAAGGAAGAAGGCGAUGACGCGUCUACGUUCACCGAAGCCACACUGCGUCGACGCAUCACGAAAGACUUGCGUGGAGGGUCCAUCUCGUAUACUACCCCAUUACUUCCCAACGGGGAAAGCAGCGAGGAAAUGAGUGUCAGAGCCUGGAUCAAGAGCUACAAGCUGUCCAUCCUUGCCAUGGUCGCAUGCGUUGCGGCGAUGGUGUUCGAUGUGCUUUAUUUGCUAGAGAUGAGUUGUAUAGUCCUCCUCCCUUUACCCGGUGUGUUGGCUGUCGCUUUGUAUAUCGGAUCAACUAGGAAGAGUCGCAUCGUUUUAUCUGUUUGGAUAUUCCUGCUCGUCACCAUCCCGACACAAGUCGGUCUAUCUAUAGGUACACAUUGA